AUGGAAACAAUCAUUUGUUUGCCCUCUCUGUCUUCAAAACGCAGUUGCUUUCAACCUCAACUGCGGUCUAGAGUGUUGGCUUCCGCUUCCACUUCUUCAACUCAGACUACUGUGAACACAGUCUCUUCUUAUGAGACCACACCGCCCAAUCGACACCUUCGAACUCCUCACAGCGGGUACCAAUUCGAUGGGACUGCGCGGAAAUUUUUUGAGGGUUGGUACUUCAAGGUCUCAAUUCCAGAGCAGAGACAGAGCUUUUGCUUUAUGUAUACUGUGGAAAAUCCUGCCUUCAAUACAAAAUUGUCAGCAUUGGAAUUGGGACAGUACGGUCCUCGAUUCACUGGAGUUGGGGAUCAAAUUCUUGGUGCCGAUGACAAGUACAUAUGUCAAAACUCUCAAGAAUCUUCAAAUUUUUGGGCAAGUAGGCAUGGCUUGAUAUUGGGGAAUACUUUUACAGCUGAGAAAGAUUCGCAGCCUCCAAACAAAGAAGUUCUUCCACAGGAAUUCAAUAGAAGAGUAUUUGAAGGUUUUCAAGUCACUCCACUGUGGAAUCAAGGUUCUAUUCAUGAUGAUGGCAGGUCAAAUUAUAUUGAAACUGUGAAAACUGUACGUUGGGAGUAUAGCACUCGCCCUGUUUAUGGAUGGGGUAAUGUUGAUUCUAAACAGAAGUCUACAGCGGGCUGGCCUGCGGCUUUUCCUGUUUUUGAACCCCAUUGGCAAAUAUGCAUGGCAAGUGGACUAUCAACAGGUUGGAUAGAGUGGGAUGGUGAAUUGUUUGAGUUUCAAGAUGCCCCUUCGUAUUCAGAAAAGAAUUGGGGUGGAGCCUUUCCCAGAAAGUGGUUUUGGAUUGGAGUACAUUGUGAUGGAAUUUUCUAUGAAUUUGUGCCAUGGAAUGGUGUUGCAAAUUGGGAAAUUGCUCCAUGGGGUUACUGGAACAUGGCUGCUGAGAACGAGACACAUAUGGUUGAAUUAAAGGCGACAACAACAGAUCCAGGUACUCCCAUACGUGCUCCAACUGCAGAAGCUGGCUUUGCUACAGUCUGUAAAGACAGUUGUUCUGGUCAGCUAAGAUUGCAAAUAUGGGAGAGAAGAUCUGAUGGCACCAAAGGGAAGGUCAUUCUGGAUGUUACAAGUGGCAUGGCUGCAGUAGAGGUUGGAGGAGGACCAUGGUUCAACACUUGGAAAGGUAAGACUGCUUCACCGGAGAUUCUUAACUGUGCUCUAAAUCUUCCUGCUGAUGUGGAUGGGUUUUUUAGUUUGAUUCCAUUUUUCAAGCCCCCUGGUCUAUAG